AUGGUGCCCGACGCCCUGUAUGACAAGGCGCUGCCGAUCCUGCACGACGCGGCGCUGGACGACGAGGACAAGACCGACCAGCUGGAGGAGCUGCUGCGCAAGGAGACGGGCCUGACGGGCAAGUCGCUGGAGAACGUCGUCCUCGACUGCCUCUGGCGCUACCGCGACUCGGGCAGCGCCUCGAGCUCGCCGCCGCCCAGCAGACACACCGUCAUCCGUCGUCCCUCGCCCGCCCCAUGGCAGCAGAACCGCGCACCCACGCCCGUGAGCCACUCGCCGCGCAUCGUAAACCCCCCGCCGGGCUUUGGCAUCGCCCCGCCAGCCUUCACCCGUGCCAAGUCGCACACGGGCACCGCUUCCCCCUUCACCUCCCCGCGGCCCUCUCCGCGCAUGGCCUUUGCCACUCCCCACAUCCCGCACAGCCCCAGCCUCAGCGCAUACCAGUUCAGCGAGGGCCCCAGCCCCAACACCGAGUUCGGCGAUCUCGACAGCCACUCCGUUGACUGGCUCGUCAACGACGACUCGGGCAGCACAGAGUCCUCUCUGCUGGGCGACGGCACCCUCAACGGAGCCGCCGCAGAAUGGAUCCAGCCGCAGACCAUGGACAUGGGGCCCUACGACAUGCUGCGCUCCGUCCUGGGCAACGAGAGAUCAGACGAUGAGAUUGAAGUCGCGCUGGAAGCCAACGGCUACGACCUCACCGCCGCUCUACUGGCCCUGAUGAGCGCCCAGAACGGACAGUCAGCCGUCGCGACCACGCCCAUGGGAAGCGAUUCCGGCUAUCUGAUUGGAAAGUCGAUGAGCCCGGCCUUCAGACCCGCUACCCCGGCUGGACAGCAGAAGAGCAACAUAGUGUGCAAGUACUUCCUAUCCACGGGACACUGUGCUAGGGCAGACUGCAGGUUCAGCCAUGACACUACCAAGACGCUGUGCAAAUACUUCUUGAACGGAAACUGCCUGGCUGGCGACACCUGCUUGUUCUCUCAUGACCCGUCAGCGCUCAUGGCCCGCAUGGCCGUCUCGGAUGUCUCGACACCACCCUUGCAGGCCGCUGUGCCGCACUUCCACAUGUCCGACUUCGACAUGUUCCCCUCCAUACAUGGGUCCGACUCUCCUUUCGGCACCCCGCAGCCCUCGUCACUGGAGCAGCUCUACGGAAUAACAGGCAGUGGCCACACACGGCCUCCCCCUGGUCUAAGCCCCCUCCCGGUUUUCACACCUGGAGCUGGUAGUCGACCACAGUCACGAAGUGGCAGCCGCCACGUCUCCCGCGCCACCACCCCUUCAGUACCCGCUGUAGACGACAACGAGGCUUUCCCGAGCCUUGGCUCCGCUGCUGCUGCGAAGACUGGCAAACGACAUCACGGCAAGCGGGGUGGUCACGGCCACAAGGAUGCUGCGUUGACGAGCAACCUCGCAGAUGUUGUGCGCAUGUCACCGACACCAGCAUCUCCUGUUCCAGCACGCAAAGGACUCAAACCUACCAAGAGUUUUACUGGGUCCCGCGAGAACAGUGCUGCGGCUCAGUCAAUCCCUGCGCCACAGCACAUCCCUUGGCUGGAGACAGGUGAGAAGGGGAACCAGGCAUAUCUCAAGGCUCGUGCAGAGGCCUUCAAGCAUGGCAGCUUGAGGAACAAAUUCCUGCAAAGCGCUGCACAAGCUUGGAACCGCAGUGAUUCUCGCGCUGCUAAAGCCCUCAGUCUAAGAGGGCAGAGUGAGAACAACCUGAUGCGUGAAGCACAUCGGGAAGCCGCACGUAUACUCUACGAAGAGCGAAACAAAAGCGGCGAUGACUCCAAGGAGUUGUACGUGGAUCUGCACGGGCUACAUCCAGAUGAAUCCGUGUCCUAUCUUGAAGGUAUCCUCCUUAAACACAGCACCUCAUCCCGCCCCGUUUACGCCAUCACCGGCACCGGCCACCACUCCAAGAAUGGCAAAGACAAGGUUGGGAAAGCAAUCCGCGGCUUUCUUAACGAAUGGCGUUAUGCAUUCCGUGAGUUCUCUGUGCCUGGUGACCGCAAUAAUGUCGGUGGCAUUCUUGGCAUCGAUCCAAGCAGCUACGACAAAAGCGUUGCAGAGCGGCCCAAGGAGAGCGAUGAAUCUAUAGGCGAUGGGAAGAAAGACACAAAGAUCAGAAUCAUGAAGAGAGAAGAGGUUUUAGAUGCGCCAAAGGGGCCGAAGCGCGCUGCUUGA